AUGAGAACAAUGCUCAAUUCCAAAUUCUUUCGUGUUGCUGUGUUAAUUGCAUCAGCAGCAGCAAUUACCACCAACAAUCCAUUAAGGACUCUGGUAGCAUUUGGUUGUAUUGGUUAUGUUGUCACUGUUCUGAUCAUACCACGACUUUCAUCCAGUUUUAUGAAGAUUGGAUUAAAGGGGAAGGAUUUAUCUAAACCUCCGCCUGUUUCCGAAAUACCCGAGACUAUGGGAUUAGUUGCAGCAUUGACAUAUAUGUUUUUAAUGUUUGGAUUAAUUCCAUUCAUAUUCUUCAAAUAUUUGGUUACUUUCACAGCAUUAUCAAAUGAUGAAGUGAUUACUAGUAAUUAUAUUCAGCAAUAUCUUUCAUUGGCCAAUAAUAGAUUAUUUCCUCAUAAUAAAUUGGCUGAAUAUUUAAGUGGAAUUAUUUGUUUACAAAGUACAAUUAUCUUGGGAUUCCUUGAUGAUUUAUUUGAUAUCAGAUGGCGUCAUAAAUUCUUCAUGCCAGCAAUUGCUUCUUUGCCAUUACUUAUUGUUUACUAUGUUGAUUUCAGUGUGACUUCUGUGGUGAUUCCUCAAUUUGUAUUUGAAAUUCCUGGAGGAUGUCAAUUAAUUAAUCUCAUAAAUGAUAUCAUUAGAUUGGGUAAUCACGUUGUAACUAUGGUAACUGGAUUAUCAUUCCGUACUUUACAAACAGACUAUGUUGUACCUGAUGCUGUUCCUAAAUUACUUGAUUUAGGUAUAUUUUAUUAUGUCUACAUGUCAGCAGUCUCGAUCUUUUCUCCUAAUUCAAUUAACAUUUUAGCUGGUAUCAACGGAUUAGAAGUUGGACAAUCAAUAGUAUUAGCUAUCAUAUUCCUUAUUAACGAUUUUUGUUAUCUUUUCACUCCCAAUAUUGCACAAGCUGCUUAUGAUUCUCAUUUAUUCUCCGUGAUUUUUAUUAUUCCUUUCGUUGGCGUUUCAUUAGCAUUGUUACAAAUGAAUUGGUAUCCUGCCAGAGUGUUUGUUGGUGACACAUAUUGUUAUUUCAGUGGGAUGGUAUUUGCAGUAGUAGGUAUCUUGGGACAUUUCUCCAAAACUCUAUUGAUAUUCUUAUUACCGCAAAUCAUCAAUUUCGUUUAUUCAGUUCCUCAAUUAUUUCAUAUCGUUCCUUGUCCAAGACAUAGAUUACCUAAAUUUAAUGUUGAAUCAGGGUUAAUGUCUCCAAGUUUUGGAGAAGUAUCAACCAAUCCAAACAAAUUGCAAAUACUAAUGCUUACAGUAUUAGAAUUAUUCAAACUAAUCAAAUUACAAAGAGAUCCUAAACAGAAUAAUAAGAUUAUUAGAUUCUCCAAUAUGACAAUCAUUAAUCUCUUUUUGGUUUGGUUUGGUCCAAUGAAAGAGAACCAAUUAUGUACAUUAAUAUUAACUUUCCAAUUCAUAAUUGGUAUCUUUAUGAUUGCUGUAAGACAUACAAUUGGACCAUGGCUAUUCGGUUAUGAUAACUUAUCAUGGGGAGUUAAGUAA